CAACGCAAUUGAGCUCGAUCUAAAAAUCCGUAGAAGAGGUUUGUUGACGGAAUGAGUGGCAGCAAUGGUGCGCCUCAAGUCAAGGUAUUUGCUGUGCGAGGUUAAUGUGUCGGACAUGAACGACCUGUUUCUGCUGAACGACCAAGCAGUAGCAGCGGCUGUGAAGGCAGCGGUGGCCCGCAUACACGGGGACUACGGAGCAGCUCUGUGCAGCAUCCGGUUCCAAGUUAAAUAUCUCAACGCUCAUACUGGAAUAGUAUUUCUACGUUUUCCUAAGAGCUGCUACAAACUCCUCUGGUCUGCUUUGCCUUUCAUCACCCAUAUCAACAGUCGAGGGCAAAAGAUCCCAUGUUUUUUAAAUUGUUUGCAUGUGGGAGGGACAAUUAGAACAUGCCAGAAGUUUUUGAUUCGAUACAACACCCAGCAACUCCAUCGGAUGCUCCCUAAAUGUAAAAAUGAAGGAGAAAAACAACAGAUUCGCCAAGCAAUUCUGGGCUGUUUUAUACCAGGUGGAAACAAGGAAGCAUGUGAAGAUGACAUAGAGUGUGAAGAGGAUGAAGGAGAGUGACCUUACAGUAUGAUGGCUGCCAUGUUCAAGCUUUGCUCAGAUGCCUGCAUGAGGACAUUUGUGAGAAAUCAUGGAAACAUUUUUAUUCUAGGUGGCUUUCCAGUUAGACAGUGCAUAAUGUCCACAUUUUGAUCUAGAUUAUAGAAAUUUGGUUUACUAAAUUAACAUGUUAUAUUAAACAUUUGACAUAUCUACUGAAAAUCACAUAGCAGAUGUUUAAUGAGUUAUCUGGCAGCGUAUUGGGCCCACUGCAAAAAGCAAGGAGAAUGUGUCAAGGUUGACAUUGAAAUAGCAAGAAAAAUAUUUAAAUAUUAUUACCAGGUUUAAGUUUUACUGGAGGACAGUAUUGAUAAACAAUAGUUAUAAUCUUCAGAUAAUUAGGGGUAAGUUGCUACAUUUUACAGUCUUAUUGUGAAGGAUUGAAGGAAGUGCUGUGGCCGACGCUAAAGAAAAAAAUAAAUGUUCAAUAAAACUUGUUUUUAUAGCUUACUAAAAAAAUCCCAGAAAAAUGAAUCCAUGAAUAUAAUUAGCCUUAUGAACACAAAGGGGUCCAGUUCCUUGGGCAUUUCUUGAAACAGCCUAUUUUUAUUUUUCUAAUGGAGUAUGGGCUUUUUUCCUCAGCAUUUUCACUUUAUUUUGGAAACAUAAUUUAUUCUAUAAAUAAUAUGCAGACUAAAUAACAGUCAGUUGUGCCUUGUGGACGUUAUGAAAAAGUGUAGGAAACAGGCCUAACUACUCCAUUUGACAAAGUCACUCGUUGUAUUUGAACACAUUGCAUUUUUAGUCUUGUUUUCAUUUUGUUUUUGUCCAGUCUUUGUUUCACCAGACUUAAUUUCUUCUUAUUGGUUUGAAUUAAACACGGUUGUAACUAA